AUGUCCGUCGAACACGGUACCGUAGAAUCUGGCAACGGCCUGCACAACCACCAUCAUCACGAUGACAAGGCUGCAGUCGGCCAUCACUCGCCCACCGGCGCACCUACCGCUAGCGGCGGUCAAUAUGGCGGUCAACUGAACCGUGGCAUCACCCCUGGUGGCCAUGCCAUCGAUUCAUCCCAGCCCGCUUUCCCAGUCUACCAUCGCCGAUUCGCCAACCCGGCACCGCUCGGUCUGUUGGCUUUCGCAGUCACUACCUUCAUCCUCUCACUGCUCAACGUUGGCGCAAAGGGCGUCGCCGCGCCUAACAUCAUCAUCGGCAGUGCUCUCGGCUACGGUGGUCUCGUUCAGCUCAUCGCUGGUAUCUGGGAAUUCGCUGCCGGUAACACCUUUGGCGCGACCGCAUUCUGCUCAUACGGUGGCUUCUGGAUCUCCUUCGGCCUCACUCUGUGGCCCAGCUCAGGUGUCGUUGCUGCCUACACCGUCGAUGGCGCCGUGACGACCGAUUUCGACUAUGCGCUAGGCUUCUACCUCGCCGCAUGGUUCAUCUUCACCUUCAUCAUGCUCAUCGCCUCUCUCCGCUCAUCCGCAGCACUCGUCAGCGUAUUCUUCUUCUUGACGCUCACAUUCCUCUUGCUCUUUGUCGGCAAGCUGCUGCCCACCCACACUGCUAUCACGACUGCCGGUGGUGCUUUCGGUCUCGUCACCGCAGCAUGCGCGUUCUACACUGGCGCUGCCGGUCUGCUCACCCCCGAUGCAGGCUACCUCGUCCUUCCCGUUGGCGAUCUCAGCCGAAAGGAUUAA